AUGAACAUUGAAGAUAAGCUGGGAGGAUUGUUUCUCAAAUGUGGUAGCAUAGAACAAAUGCAUUCAUCCAGGGAUAUGGUUGGAAUGGGUGCCUCAUCCGACCAGUCAGCCAUUUCUGGGGAACGGCAAGAAGCAGUGCUUCAAGACCGGGCAAUGGCACACCAAGACAUUCUUUCUGCAGAUGAAGUGUUACAAGAAAGUGAGCUUCGACAACAAGAAAUGAUACCACAUGACGAACUCAUGGUGCAUGAGGAGACAGUGAAAAAUGAUGAGGAGAUGGAGGCACAAGACCGACUUCCUCAAGGGCUUCAGUAUGCAGUUAAUGUCCCUCAGAUAAGCGUAAAACAAGAAAUUACCUUUACUGACGUAGCAGAACAGCAAAAAAGGGACAAAAAACUACUACGGGAGGGGCUAGAUUUGCAAAAAAAGAAGAAAAGGAAACAGCGGUCACCAGCAAAGAUCCUUACAAUAAAUGAGGAUGGAUCACUGGGUCUGAAAACUACCAAAUCUCACAUUUGUGACCAUUGCAACGCUGCCUUUAGAACCAACUACCAUUUACAGAGGCAUGUCUUCAUUCAUACAGGUGAAAAACCAUUUCAGUGCAGUCAAUGCGACAUGCGUUUCAUACAGAAGUACCUGCUACAGAGACAUGAGAAGAUUCAUACUGGUGAAAAACCAUUUCGAUGUGACGAAUGUGGCAUGAGAUUCAUACAGAAGUAUCACAUGGAAAGGCACAAGAGGACUCAUAGCGGAGAGAAGCCUUACCAGUGUGAAUAUUGCUUGCAGUUUUUCUCAAGGACGGACCGCGUACUGAAACACAAACGCAUGUGCCAUGAAAACCGUGACAAGAAACCCAACAGAAGUGCCACCAAAGUUGGCCUUUUGACAUCUGAUGAAGAUCAAGGCUUCCCUAUGCCUUUGAAAGACAGCUCUUUGCCAAAGAAGAAAAGGCAAAAAAUUGAGAAAUCAAAGUCUUCAGGGCCGGACAAGGAAAGUGGGACAGAUAAAUCCGAGCACAAGAAAGAUAAGAAUGAUUUCUUGCCUUUGUAUGCUGCCAGUGCUAAGAUAAAGGAUGAAUACAUGGUAGCUGAGUAUGCAGUUGAGCUACCGCAUUCUUCUGUCAGCGGAGGGCACUUGCAAGAACCAAACUCUGGCGAAAUACACCCGCCUAAAUUGGUGCUCAAGAAAGUUAACAGUAAGAGAAAUCUGAAACAGUCCCUAGAGCAAAGUCAGACCAUUUCAUCAUUAGCCUCUUAUGAAGACAGCAAGGUUUCAAAGUAUGCCUUCGAUCUUGUGGAUAAACAAAGCCUGUUGGGCUCUGAAGGCAAUGCUGACAUUGACCAAGUUGACACUUUACAGGAAGGCCCCAGUAAACCCGUACACAGUAGCACAAACUAUGACGAUGCAAUGCAGUUUUUAAAGAAAAGAAGGUAUCUCCAGGCAGCUAAUAGUAAUAGCAGAGAGUAUGCCUUGAAUGUCGGCACCAUAGCCUCCCAGCCCUCAGUCACACAGGCUGCUGUCGCGAGUGUGAUAGAUGAAGGCAGCACAACAUCCAUAUUGGACACAGCAGGUUUGAAUGUGGAGAUUAAAAAUAACCAUGACAAAAACGUCAUUCCGGAUGAGGUACUUCAAACUCUGUUGGACCAUUAUUCCCAUAAAGCGAAUGGCCAGCAUGAAAUCGCUUUCAACGUGGCUGAUGCGGAAGUGACCUCCAGUAUAUCAAUUAAUUCUUCUGAAGUAUCAGAGGUCACACAAACGGAGACUGUUGCAUCAAGCUCUCAAGCUUCCUCAUCUGAUAAAGCCAGUAUGUUACAGGAAUAUUCCAAGUUUCUUCAGCAAGCUUUGGACAGAACUAGCCAAAACGAUGCCUAUUUGAACAACCCAAGCCUUAAUUUUGUGAGUGACAACCAGACUCUUACAGGGCAACCAGCAUUCUCCUCUAUAGACAAACAGGUCUAUGCUUCUAUACCUGUCAACAGUUUUCGGUCAGGAAUGAACUCUCCGUUAAGAACAACUCCAGACAAGUCUCAUUUUGGACUUAUGGUUGGUGAUUCCCAGCACUCUUUUUCCUUUUCAGGUGAUGAGCCAAAUCAUUCUUCUUCUUCCUCUACCCAGGACUUCUUGGAUCAGGUGACUUCUCAGAAGAAAGCAGAGGCCCAGCCUGUUCAUCAAGCUUAUCAGAUAGGCUCCUUUGAACAGCCAUUCAGAGCUCAGUACCAUGGAACAAGAGCUGGAAUAUCAUCUCAGUUUAACACUGCUAAUGGACAAGUGAACCUGCGGGGACCAGGGACAAGUGCUGAAUUCCCAGAGUUCCCCUUGGUGAAUGUAAAUGAUGCUCGAGCUGGGAUGAACUCUUCACCAGAUGCCACAACUGGCCAGACAUUUGGCUAAAAGAAUCAGUAGAAAUAAGAUUGGCACUUUAGCACAGGUCUGUCAGAAAUGAGUGUGUUCUGCGGAAUCCUAUACACAUUUAAGGCCUUGUGUUAUAACAAAAAAGUGAGCUGGUACAGCAAGUAUUGGUUAUUGUAUUCGUUUGGUUACUCGCCAUUCUUUUAAAAUUGCCUUAGAUGUGGGCAUCCACUGAAAAGGCAGGUGGUUAUUUGCUUAUUUGAGAUCAGGAACUUGCUACAUUGAGAUUUAACACAAGACAAAACAAGCCAAAAAACAACAA